AUGACUGCUGGUGUUUCUAAAGAUGUAAGACACGAAACUCGGACUACUUUCAAUCAAAACUUCGCCCAUAUACUCCGCGGAUUCUGCUCUUCAAGCAGUGUGAAACUAGAAAAUGGUCAACCACACCGAGCAGUCGGUAUGCUACUAGUAGAUUGGAUAUUUCUGGCAGGUUUGGGUGUUGCCAUGGCUGUGCUUUCGCUAAUGCUCGAUUAUGGGGUCGAUAAGCUUCAGACAUAUCAUGUGAUAGCAAUGGAAAAUUUUAACAAUACCAAAUAUGCGACAACUAACACGUUUAUGACUUAUGCAACGUGGCUAAUUUAUACAAUGGUGCUUCUAAUGCUCGCCACAACUAUCGUACAUUACCUAUCCAUCAACGCUAUGGGAUCUGGAAUACCAGAAGUGAAGACAAUACUACAGGGUGUACAUAUCGAGAAACAUCUAACAUUUCGUACUCUGAUAUCCAAAUUGAUCGGUUUGAUGCUUGCGAUUGGAAGCGGUUUUCCGAUUGGUAAAGAGGGACCAUUUGUGCACAUGGGUUCCAUAGUAGCACAUCUAAUGAGACGUUUGGUAGAAGGAAUCAAGCCUGCUUACGCAAAUGAAUCCAGAAGUUAUGAGUUACUUGCUGCAGGAUGCGCUGCAGGUGUUGCUGCAACUUUCUCUGCGCCUGUUGGAGGAGUAUUAUUCUCGAUUGAAGUAACAACGGCAUAUUUUGCGGUUCGCGAUUAUUGGCGUGGAUUCUUUGCGGCUGCAUGCAGUGCAGCAACAUUUUCACUUCUGCGAUUGUGGAUCAAUCCAUUUGAAGUGACAGUAGCAGCACUUUUCCAAACAAAAUUCAGGCAUCUGUCAUAUUACCCCGAAGAACUGCUGAUUUUUGCAUGCAUCGGUGGUAUAUGCGGCUUGGCUGGUGCGCUAUUUAUUUUUAUCCAUCGCCGAUAUGUGCUGUUCCUUCGAAGGAAUAACUUUAUGAAACGACUUUUCCAAAGACACUGGAUAGUUUAUCCGCUUACAAUCUCUAUCCUUUAUUCGACCAUAACAUAUCCGCAUGGUUUGGGACAAUACCUCACUGGACAGAUUGUGUUUGCACGGUCAUUGCGUGAUUUUUUUGCUAAUUGUACGUGGCACGUAAAUCCGUUACACGUAGAGGCAUGUAGUGAAUUUUUAGUGAGGCGUUGGAAAAUAUAUGAUUCCGUGUUCAUUGAGCUUGGAGUUUUCAUUAUUGGUUUCUAUUUUUUGGUAAUCAUUGCGAAUACAUUGCCAGUGCCAGCAGGUAUAUUUAUGCCAGCAUUUGUUAUUGGUGCAGCAAUGGGUCGUUUUAUUGGUGAACUGAUGGCAUUUGGUUAUCCCAAUGGACUCCGUAACGAUCAGCAACUACUGAUUCUCCCUGGCAUUUAUUCAGUUGUUGGUGCAGUGUCAUUUUGUGGAGCAGUAACGCAUACCGUUUCGGUUUCUGUGAUCGCUUUUGAAUUAACUGGUCAACUGUUACAUAUACUUCCUGUUAUGAUAUCAGUAUUGGUAUCAAAUAUUGUCUGCUCAUCACUUCAGCCUUCAUUCUUCGAUAGCAUUAUCAAAAUUAAACAUUUGCCGUACUUUCCAGAUAUCCCGAAAUCGACGUCAUGGGUUCACGAAAUACGUGUAGAACAAAUCAUGGUAAAAAACGUAAAAUUCUUAACGAAACAAAGUACUUAUUAUGAACUUCAAGAGUUACUUACCACCACACAUAAAUUAAUGGCAUAUCCUUUGGUCGAUAAUCCAUCAUCGAUGAUAUUAUUGGGAUCAGUAAGUAGGGAAAACCUGCUUUAUUUGCUGAAUCAGAUUGUUGGAGAUGAAGCUCGACGUGCCGAAUACUUGCGAAGAAUGCACUUGCAGAGCGAAUUUCACGAAACUAUGGAAGAUGGGACUUAUAAGAGUGGAUCUCUUGUUAACUUCUCUAUUGCGUCAGUUUUUCCGAAAAUCUCAUUUGCGGAAGUCAGAAAAAAUCCAAAUGCGGGGGAUCUGCAACGGUCACUAACGGGAUCAUUAGAACUGGGUAUAAAUCAAGAGCCGAAGUUGAAGACAUCAGUCAGCGAAUACGAUAUGCGAGGAUCUAAAGAGAGAGAAGAAAAACGAAGUUUGAAUCAAAUGGAGCAAUUACAUUCAGGACAUGAUUUUCGUGAAACUCUUGGCAGUAUGUUUGAGAAAAUUACGCAGACAUUUCGCACUCGAAAAAGAGAGGAAUCGGAAGAUUUAAAUAAAGAAGAACGCCAAAUCUGGGAAAAACAACAACUCAGUAAGGAAAUUAAUUAUCUGUAUACUACCAUCGAUCCUGCACCUUUCCAGUUGGUGGAGGACACAUCGUUGUACAAAGUUCAUUCAAUCUUUUCACUACUUGGCAUACGACGAGCUUAUGUCACCAAAUGUGGUGUCCUUGUCGGUGUGGUGGCUGCAAAAGAGAUAGCAUCAGCAAUUGAACGAAUACAAGCAGGAACUCUAACCGCUGUCACAAAACGACCAGAGGACGAUGAGUAUGAUAAAAAAGACAAUACCGAGGCAACAUUUGACUUAUGGGAAAGCAGUGAAAGUGACACCGAUAACGAGGAUAUCAUUUCACCAAGAGUAGAAUUUGAUAAAACCACAAGCAGUGAAGUGCUGGAGGCAAAAUUCGCAGUCCUACAAGCCUCAAUUGGAAGAGAAAUAUUGAAUAAAGAUCGUCGUAAAAGCUACCCACAUUUUCCGGGGAAAUCUUGUCGAAGCUUUCGAGUGCCAAGAUAUGAAAGAAAAAGUUGUGACAUAAUUCUGGAGAAACUGCCAAAUGUAGAUGAACAAUCAGCAAAACAGAACUUUGGUCGUAUGGUUGAAAAAUUCAGAAGAUUUCGAGAUUCACUGUCCGAAUCUACAUUAUCAAAAAUUUCUUCUCAGGAAAGCUUAGAAUCAGGCAGUCGUUCAAGUGAUCAGUUCAUUAUUUCAUCCAAAAGCUUAAACUUCGACAAGCAUCCGAAAGCACCUUAUAAUAAUAAAGCAAACGAAGCGGUUGGAACUUCUGCAUCACAGAAAAAUGUUGCUUCAUCAAGUGACCCAGGAUGUAAAAUAAGUGAUGCCAUCUUUGUCGUUACGGAAUAUUUUCCAGAACAACAUUUGUGGAGUUUUGUGGAGUCGGAUGCGAAAUGCAAUACCUGA